CGGCAGGGCGGGCGGAUGGCGGGGAGGGGGCUGCUCGGCGCGGCGGCCGCGCUGCUGCUGGCACUGGCGCUGGCCCUGGCCCGGGGGGACAUCCCCAGGCCGGAGGAGGCGGCGCGCAUGGCCCGCUUCGUCCUGCACAACUGCGACUGGGGAGCGCUGGCCACGGUCUCCAGGCAGGAGGGGCUGCGCGGCCAGCCCUUCGCCAAUGUCUUCUCCAUCAGCGACGGGCCCCCCGGGCCGCCCGGCGGCAGCGGCGUCCCCUACCUGUACCUGACCGAGAUGGAGAUCUCGGUGCAGGACCUGGAGAUCAAUUCAAAUGCCUCCUUAACUGUGUCUUUGGCACAGACUCCUUACUGCAAGAAGCACAGAUAUGAUCCCCAGAAUCCCCUGUGUGCCCACAUAAUCUUCUGUGGGAGUAUUGUAAAGGUGAAUGAUUCAGAAGCAGACAUAGCAAAAAAGGCAUUAUUCAGUCGCCACCCUGAAAUGGAAAGUUGGCCUAAGGAUCAUAACUGGUUCUUUGCCAAAUUCAACAUCACCAAUAUCUGGGUCCUGGACUACUUUGGUGGAUUGAAAAUUGUGACACCAGAAGAAUAUUACAGCGUCAAGCCUUAGUGGAAGAAGAUCCUUGGUGAUGCUGAUACACAAAUUAAUUACUUUGGCUGUUUCAUGAAAUAUCUAUUUUUUUAUAUGUAUUGUAGAGCUGAAUUAAUCAUGAAAAAAAAUCAAACACCUUCCAUUGUUAAUAAGCUUGUCUAAAACUUCUGAAGCAAAUGUAAAUUCUCACUAACUAGGACAGGUUGAAUCAUGUCAUACUCAAAAAAUCUUUGUGCAUGAGCCAUAACUAAAUUUUAUUUGUUGGAUGUGAUCCUGGAUAGAUACCUGUUGACAGUCUGCAUUCAGAAAGGCUGUUUUUAGUGGAAACUGAAGGACAAGUCCAGUUCUAAACCUUUUGGUGCCUUAGUUGAAUAAUACCUGUUGGUGAGGUUUAUUUUAAUAUUAUUUUUUAAUUCUUAUUUUAUUACCAGUUUAGUUUAUAUCUUUUUGGCAAAGUUCUACAUGAUGGCUCAGCUGACUGUGAAAUGGAAAGCACUGCUUGUAUUGUGAUGGUAAAUGAUGCUGAGUUCCCAUAUUCUGUUAGGAAUUUUCUUUGCACUCUAAUACACUCACUUGUUUGAGCCAUUUUGCUGUUUUGCCACCUAUAUUGAAUGUGCUAUACAAUAGGAUUGUUUUUAUGCAAACUUAAUAUAUUCCAUUAGUGUCCCUGACAAUGCAGGGGUUUGGAACUAGAUGAACUUUAAGGGCCCUUCCAACCCAAACCAUUCUAUGAUGCGUUGUAAGUUCUUGGUAAUUCUUCUUGCAGAGGUUAUAUGCCCUGACUCUUUAAAAGAAGCAGGGUGGUAAUACCUAAAGUAUCUGGCUUUUGUUUAAGACAAGAAUAGUGGCUUGUAAAUUCAAUGAGAACAUUUUAGAGGGCAAAUGUUUUCUGAUUAGGAUUCUGAAAUGUUCUGCACUGUUAGUCUAAUCAAAUUGCAGUUUUUCUUACCUGCAACAGCAGAACAGAGCAGAUUUUUUUAUUUUGGAAGCCUUACACAGCAACUUUGGGUUAGUAACCCAGAAGUGAGAAGGAAGCUAAUAAAGUACAACACAGAUGAUUCAUGACUUGUAGAGAAGGAAAAUUAAUGAAAGGUGUGCAUAAUUAAAUUGCUGAUAAAUAAGCCACAUGCAACCACAACAAAUAAAUUAAUACCUUUUUACAUCAUCUCUCAUCUCCUACACACUAAGUUCACAAAUAUCCAGAAAGGAUUAUGAACAUUAAGUUGAUUUUACAGUGAGCAAGUAUUAUGUGGUUGACAGAGUAAAGAAUGUGAGAAUUUAUACUCCAUAGAGGCAGAUACAUAUAUAGGGAAUUUCUCAUACCAAAUGUUAUUUAAUCACUUAUCUUAAUGUUGUUAUUAUAUCACUACAUUUCUCAAAUAGUGAAAUGAUUUGUGAAAGUAUUUUUGAGGUAACUUAUUAAGUUUUCCUGCUCUGUAAGGGGAGGGAAAGGGGUACAUGUUACUAUAUCAUACACAUUCUGCUGUACUAUUUGAAAAUUAUUUUAAGUAUUUUUAUCCUAAAUUAUGGAGAAAGUUUAUGUUCAUAGAUAACACUGAUAUUAUAUAUGAAAUAGGGAAAUAUUUUUAUAUAAGGCAUAAUAAUUGUGGAAACUCAAAUGAUCUUCUGGUAUGGACUUGAUCCUUUUCAUGAAGACACCUGAAUGCUUUACAUGUCACUCCAUAACUUCUGAUGUUUAAGACUGAUUAUGCUGGGCUUUUGUUGAAAUUAAAAUGUUUUUUGACAAGUGG